AUGAAAAAUGCUAAAGUCCAGAUAGAGGGGCUGAUAUCCCCCUUCACAGACUUGGCCACAACCGUGGUUGCCAAGGAUACAACCUCAUCGUCGACGGAAUACCGACUUUCCCGAGGUAGAGGAGGUGCAUGUAACUGAGAUGGUGAAAUCGUGAGUGUUGACAAUCUGCUCACAGAGCAUCAUGUGUUCUGCGUCCAUUUGUUACCAAAUAACACCUGUAUUCCAGGCAGGCGCAGUCCGACUGUCACAACCGAUAGGCCUAUCAAAGCCCCUCUGAUAAAGCACCAUGCGCAAUAUAGCCUAUCCCCUAAUCCCACUCUCUCGUGCCCCAGUGCAAUGAUCGAAUGGGAGACAUCUGAAAUAAAAUCGUUAAAUCUAAAAAGCAACACUCCUAUUUGAUUUAGUCUAGGCUGGCUCUGACUCGUGUGGCAGAAUAUUGAAGUCUCAGCUCUCUCUCUCCAUGUCCCCUCUCUCUCCGUGUUGCUAUGUGUCCACCGAAAUAGGAUGGCUUCUGUCGCACAACACGACGCGCUGGUAUUUAGCGCACAGUGGCCAAGAGUGAACAACUGCACAUCAACAACAAGGGCAGGCUAUAAAACUCAGCCCUGCGACAUGGUAUUUUAUCACAAAGUCAUGAUAUAGACUAAUUGGCUAAACUUAAUCAUGAUUGAAAUGGCUAGGUAAUCACUAUACAUGCAUCACCUGUUUGAUAUCCUACUCCAAGUCUCCAACCGUGCGCUAUCUAGUGCGCAAAAGUAUGAACAGUGCGCAGUGGUUAGGUUGACUUGACGCUCUUCUUGUUGAUCACUUGAUGAUUCUGAAGUGACUUUGACUGAGCUGCCUGUGUCUUCUCUCAGUGCAGUCUAUUCUUAUUCAGGAUUAGUCUAGGCCUACUCAAAGCUGCAUGUGGCAUAUUUCUCCCCUUGGCACGGCAGAGGUAGCCUAUAGGCCUAACAACAAAAACAAACAACAUGUAGCCUAUAGGCCUAACAACAACAAACAACAUGUAGCCUAUAGGCCUAACAACAACAAACAACAUGUAGCCUAUAGGCCUAACAACAAAAACAAACAACAUGUAGCCUAUAGGCCUAACAACAAAAACAAACAACAUGUAGCCUAUAGGCCUAACAACAACAAACAACAUGUAGCCUAUAGGCCUAACAACAAAAACAAACAACAUGUAGCCUAUAGGCCUAACAACAAAAACAAACAACAUGUAGCCUAUAGGCCUAACAACAAAAACAAACAACAUGUAGCCUAUAGGCCUAACAACAAAAACAAACAACAUGUAGCCUAUAGGCCUAACAACAAAAACAAACAACAUGUAGCCUAUAGGCCUAACAACAAAAACAAACAACAUGUAGCCUAUAGGCCUAACAACAAAAACAAACAACAUGUAGCCUAUGCACAGGCAUGAAAGCAUUUUAUGUUAAUUGUUUGGGAGAAGGCUAGUGGUUACAAUUAUUUUGAAACUGAGAAAAUAACUUUAUAUUUAUAGUAGCAUACCUAUUAGUUUAUGUAAGACAAAUUAAAUCAUUCUCAAUAUGAAAAAACUAAACAAAGAAAGAAGACAAGGGGCCCAUCCACACAGACUCUGAGCAAAGUGUGUGUGUUCAGGUUUCUUAGAUGGGUGACCAUCAUGAAAACCCAUUAGCUGACUAUGAAACCUUGCGCUAGAAUGUUUAAUUAUAAUUGACAGAAUGACAGACAAUCUAACUUUUGGUGUUAAAAGGAAUAGUUCAUGUUAAUUAAAACAUCUAUAAUAACCAUGUCAACAUGUAAACAGCUUUUAUAUUUCUCGAAAGUCAGAUGUAUAGUACUGUCCCAAUUCCAAUGAAUGGUGUUUGAAUAGUGGUACAGGGACCCGUUUCAGCUACAAAAAUUCACAAAAUAAACCUUUAAUCAAUUUAAAUGUAAUUUCCUUCAUUCAAAAUUCUAAAAUACAUUAGAAUAUGUUGUUUUAGUUCAUUUCAUCUCAAAAUCAAUUCUAGAGGCUAUAUAUCACAUAAACAGCAUUGGAUGAUGGUGGAAGGAAUGAGAGGGAAAUAAGAAGGGAAGGGGAAGAAAGGAAGGACCAUAACAUGUAAGAAAUUGAGGAUAGAAAAAUGGAUGAUUGAAAAGGGACAGCACUUGGGGAAUAAUAGAGGGGUUCCAGGAUCAAUUAAAAUAUGUGCAGACUCGUUUAGUUAGAUUUUUACCAAGUGGAAUCUCCCCAAAUCAAUUUUCCAAGGGCAUGGAGUGAGUCUAGUAUAAGGUUAUUGUCACACAAUUGUGAAAACAGAGCGCGUGUUAUACAGUAUAUAGGCCUAAGCCUCUACAAAGUCGUACUGAUGAUUUCACAACAAGUGCCAAGUGAAGUGGGACACUAAUGCAUUUCUAAUGAGAAAAUGUUGUCCCACUUCUGCUACUAACUAGCCUAUAGUGUCCCACUGUAAACGCUAUAUCAAAAGUAGGGGUCAGAUGUUGUUUUAGGGGUUGUAGCAUCCACUGAAUAAUAACUUGUUUCAUCAUAAAAAUGUAGAUAAGACCUUAGUUAAUUGAAAUAAAUAACUUGAGUAGGGGUAGACUGAUUUUGAUUGUCUACAUGGCGAUCUACCAAAAAGUGUUUCAUAAGGAGAAAUAUCAGGUAAAAAAAUUCCUGUCAAUAAAAAACUUACCAUAUUCUAUAUAUCCUUAAUUCAGUGUUCUCACAUUCUGUUUCCAAGCCUGCAGGUACCAUGGUACAAUGAACUAUCCAUCUCAAACAAAAACCAACUACACAAAAUAGUAAAGCUGGCAAGUAAAAUCAUUGGUCGUUUUUGGUUAACAUGGAAGCAUUGUCCUUGGAGAGAGUGGCGCGGGCGAGAAUAAUGAUUGCCACUGACCUCACUUAGCCAGGAGUAGCCUACCAGCUUUUCUCGUAAGUCCACCGAUACAGAUCUAUAGGGUUGCAAAGCUACCGGUAAUUUACCAAUGUUACCGAAAUGUUCAGUUAUUUGGGUAAUUAACAGUAACUCUAUGGCAAUCUAUGUUAACUUUUGUAAUUUAGGCCUAUACUUGAAUAUAUAGUAUUCCUUUUUUUUAUAUAUUUGUCCAUAUUGUGGGGUCUCUAGUGGAUAGACCAUAUGUUUAACAUAGACCAUAUGCUAAAACAUUUACAACAAAGACAUACUCACAUAGUCAAAUAAAUGUGUAAAAAAAUAUAAAGGAUAUUUCAUGCUAAAACCCUCAUAUUAAACACUAAUGGUAUUCAGUAAGUUGAUGGUUUAUAUUAAGGAUAAUGUUUUACAGCUUUGUCAUUCUAUUUUGUUAUGUUAAAAUCAUCUUAUUUGAUUAUUUUAUAUAUUUUACAUGUGAUAAGGCCACACAGAGGGCCAGAGAUAAUUAGACACCUGUGAUAAUCUGAAGUACCCAAAAAGGCCACUAGACAUUAUCUCAUAAAAUUCCAAAAGAGCCUUGAAAGUUACCAAAAUUCUGGUAGUUUACUGGUAAUCUUCGAAAGAUUCCCUUUGCAACCCUAUACAGAUCCCAUGUACACAAAACCGCCAGAGUCAGAAAUCGUUUGUCACCAGUAUCAUACAAUUAAACAAAUAACUCUGCUCAACACACAUUUCCCGAAAGGGACACAAUAAAUAUAUAAUUAUAUGAAUAGCCUACUGGGCAGAUGGAAAAUAUGAUGCUUUUUGAAAGUUUAUUUUGAUCAGUUUUCAAGGCUGUAGGCCUGUCUAGGCCUGUAUCUAGGGCAACAUUUUUGCAAUGAAAUGAAACGAAAUGUCCUCAAUUAAUUCACUCGCUUUCAUACAUCCAAAACAGUGCAUAUGGGGGUGAUGGCGUUUGGUGAUAUAGUGGCGUUGCAUUGUAAAUAGACAACUACAACUCCCAGAGUCAACUGCUUUAACCUGGCGGUGAUUGGCUUGUAAAGAGACAGGAACUUAUGACGUGGCAUUUGGAGACGCGGGAAACUCUACGCAUGUUUACGGGAUGUUGGAUAUGGGUAAUUUCACUGCAUUAACUCGAACCAGGUAACAUUAUUCAGUAUGCUUACAGUAACAACAUGUGAACUUUCAACAACUAAACAUUACCCGUGAGUUUCCACACUGUUGUUGUCAGUUGAGCCAGCUAGCUAGUUAGCCAGCUAGCACUGCUGCAGAGGAAGGGAAGCAAAAGUGGUCAAGACAGACAGCUUGCACAAUGCUCUGCUAGUUUGUAAAGAGUUAUCUUGUUCUGUAACUGUCUCUUUAUCUCUAUUAUAGGCCAAACUACUUUGUAAGUCACACACUUUACGGUUCGGUGUGUGUCUAAAAGUAGCCUAAACAAUGCCAGCACAACUUCACCACCCAGGGUAUGAGGAUGAAAAGUUGCAGCGCGUGACGGAGAGGUUGCCUUGCAGAGAAGUCCAGGCUAGCAUGUUACUGGCGUUGAUGGGAGAGGUCUGUGUCUGAUUUGAAACAUUGUAACAUCAAGCGCCUAAUAGAAUGUUUGACAAUCUUCAUUCUGCAAACAGUGUACUGCUUACUGACUGUACACUGUACUGCAUGAUUGUAGGGGGUUUACUAAUGUGUUAGUUCUAUUAGAUAUGUUGACUAUGACGUUACUUUAGCUCAUAUGGUGACAACGAUGUAGGCUGUGUGUAGAGGUUAUGACAUGGUUUGGCUUGGAACGUUUUUUUUCCCGCCUGGUCACAUACAGCUGAUGUGUUGUUCAUUGAAGUCCACAAGCGAAGGGAAAAGGUGAGAGGAGGAGACCUUGUAGAUGCGAGAAGGAAUACAACUUGGCUGCUAUGAAAGUGAACUGUGUUUACGUGUGAUCAGGGGUGUAUUCAUUCUGACGAUUCUGUAGAAAAACGUUUCCUAAACGGAACGAAACAGGGAUGAACAUACCUGCAUUUGUCCAAUAGAAACUCUCGUUUGCAACUGUUGGACUAAUGAUUACACCCUAGAUCAGCUAGAUGCAGGCAAGAGUGUGCAAGGCGGUAUUGAAUGUAUCACUGUCUGUCCACGUGUCACUGUCUGUCACCUCAAAUUACCUCAAACCUCAUGAUGGGUAUAGGGAAAAUUCAAGUAUCAUGUAGUAGCUUAAACCUAUCGAUGUUACAUUGAACUGGGUGAAUGGAAUAUGAAUGACAGUCAUCCAAUAUGCUGUAAUAGAAAUAACGCCAUGCUCAUAAACUAUUUUUAGCAUCCUCCCUCAUCUUAAACAGCAUCGACCGCCACUGUAUUACAUAAUACAUUUUCAAUGUUUUCUAGCCCAAAUAUGUGAAUCACUGUUUGUUUUGGGACUUUAAUAAAUGGUAUUCAUUUUGUGCCUACAGCCAGAGCAAUGCAGCUACCCUUCCAUGUUCAUCUAUGGUCAUCGUGCCACAGGAAAAAGCCAUGUGAUACAUACCUUGCUGAAGGAACUGGAGCUUCCCUAUGCCACAGUGAGCUGUGUGGAAUGUGUCUCUGUAGGACUGUUGUUUGAGCAGGUUCUGCUCUCCCUCUUUGGCUCCGACUCUGUCUCCCUACUGUCCCGCAGUCCCUCCCUGUCAGACUUCGUACGAGUCUACAAACAACUGUGUGUCCAGGCCCCAGCCAAGCAGACACGAUACAUUGUGAGUAAAAAUCAUCCUCACCUGUAAUAUUCCUGCUUGAUAAUCCACUUCUUUAAAACAUUGCAUCCUCAGUUACAAUGCAGAUUCUCUUUCCGAAUAAGUAUAACAUGAAUUGUUAUACAGCAUAAUUUGUAGUAUAUUUAAGCAAUAAGUCCCGAGGAGGUGUGGUAUAUGGCCAAUAUACCACAGCUAAGGGCUGUUCUUAAGCACGACGCAACGCGGAGUGCCUGAAUGCAGCCCUAAGCCGUGGUAUAUUGGCCAUAUACCACAAACCCCUGAGGUGCCUUAUUGCUAUUAUAAACUGGUUACCAAGGUAAUUAGAGCAGUAAAAAUACAUGUUCUGUCAUACCUGUGGUGUAUAUAUAUAUAUAUCACAGCUUUCAGCCAAUCAGCAUUCAGGGCUCGAACCAUCCAGUUUAUAAUAUGUCUUAAGAAACAGUUACAGUGACCUCUGCUGUGUGUAUCUGGGUAGGUGCUGGACCGGGCUGAGCUCCUUAGAGAUAUGGCAGCCAAUCUCCUCCCUGCCUUCUUGCGCCUUCAGGAACUGGUAAGAGUCAUGUCACCUCUUGAGCAUACUAUUUCAUUAAGUUGCAGACAGACCAUGAGUAAUGGAUGGUGAACUAGCGCAGAAGGGUCCCUUUUUGAUAGAUAACCUUGAAUUUAAUGUUCCAAGGAUGCACUCGUAAAAGUUAUUUGAAAGGCAGAGAUGAGGAAGAAUGACAUUCUUGAUAAUCAUUCUUUGCAUAUUAAUUCUGAACCUCAAAAGUGCGGAUAGACGACCAGAAUGUUUAGUUUUCAUUUAGUUUUUAAGGCUGAAUGCCGCCUGUCUUUAUCUUGGUAGAAGUGUUUUAAACAGCCUUGUGAGUGGCACACAGCUAGUGCGGUCACAGUGACAGAUGCAGCUUUUGAGAUGAUAAUUAGAAGCAGUAAUGUGUAGUGUUGGGAGAAUGCACUUGAAAAGCAGUCUACAUAACUGUCCUCCCUCUUUAGUUUACUCAGGUUUGAAGGAGGAAAACACAUCCCCUUGCAUUGAUAUUGUAGUGGUACUGUAAAGGUGUAGUUGAAUACCAAAUGUUGAAUACUAACAUAGUUGUAUUCUUUGUGAAUCCACAAUGUGAUGCCAAAUAACUGAUCUGUGAUCUGAUCCUGUACCUCUACGUAACUGAUACACUGUUUCUCUGGCAGGUUGAGGACAAUGUGACGGUGAUCCUGCUCAGUGAGAUAGUGUGGGAUAAGUUCCGACCCAACACUGGCUGCUUUGAACCACUGCUGCUCCACUUCCCUGAUUACAGUAAAGGUACAGCUGUCAACAGACAAGCAUCUAUGGCCCUCAGCAUUGAAUUAGGUACAGAUGGAUUAGUGUCAGUGGAGGCUGCUGAGAGGAGAAUGGCUCAUAAUAAUGGCCAGAACGGAGCAAAUGGAAUGGCAGCAAACACCUGGAAACCAUGUGUUUGAUCUAUUUGAUACCAUUCCACUGAUUCUGCUCCAGUCAUUCUCUUUAAUUAAGGUGCCACCAACCUCCUGUGAUUAGUGUGAGAACUCUUUGUACCUGUGGUUUUGAGCAGUGACUGUGGCAGAACACAGCAAACAAAGGCAUCCGUGAGAGAACGUCGAGAAAAUGAACAGUUAGGGAUACAGUGUGAUCAGUGUUUGAAAGAAUGUCUGAGUUCCUGUACAUAAAAUGACUACAGUCAAGUGUGAGGGAGUCUUUGUGUAUGACUUCAUUUGAGGCAGGUGAUGACUGCGUGUGUUGUCCCUGUGCAGGUGAGCUGCAGCAGAUCCUGUCUGAGGACAGCCACCCAUCCUACUCCCCAGAGCUCUACUCUGCCUUCAUCAACAUCCUACUGGGAGUCUUCUACUCUGUCUGCAGGGACCUCCGAGAGCUCAGACACCUGGUCAGUUACACACACUCAUAAGUAGUCAGGCACACUUAUAGUAACACUGAACUCUCACACAUUCAGACCACACUCAGUAACUCAGUAACUCUCAACUCUCUCAUAGCUGUUAACACACUCCGUCAUAACACACUCCGUCAUAACACACUCAGACAGCCCAGAAAAAGAACUAGCCCUUGCAUCUCUAGAUGUGUCUUGAUACCCCCUUGUAAGUCUGAAAAAAAUUAAUGUCUUACACACUUAUCCAGUCCUUUCAGAUGUACAGUCGUGGUCAAACGUUUUGAGAAUGACACAAGUAUUGGUCUUCACAAAGUUUGCUGCUUCAGUGUUUUUAGAUAAUUUUGUCAGAUGUUACUAUGGUAUACUGAAGUAUAAUUACAAGCAUUCCAUAAGUGUCAAAGGCUUUUAUUGACAAUUACAUUACGUUUAUGCAAAGAGUCAAUAUUUGCAGUGUCUUUUUCAAGACCUCUGCAAUCCGCCCUAGCAUGCUGUCAAUUAACUUCUGGGCCACAUCCUGACUGAUGGCAGCCCAUUUUUGCAUAAUCAAUGCUUGGAGUUUGUCAGAAUUUGUGGGUUUUUGUUUGUCCACCCGCCUCUUGAGGAUUGACCACAAGUUCUCAAUGGGAUUAAGGUCUGGGGAGUUUCCUGGCCACGGACCCAAAAUGUCGAUGUUUUGUUCCCUGAGCCACUUAGUUAUCACUUUUGCCUUAUGGCAAGGUACUCCAUCUUGCUGGAAAAGGCAUUGUUCGUCACCAAACUGUUCUUGGAUGGUUGGGAGAAGUUGCUCUCGGAGGAUGUGUUGGUACCAUUCUUUAUUCAUGGCUGUGUUCUUAGGCAAAAUUGUGAGUGAGCCCAUUUCCUUGGCUGAGAAGCAACCCCACACAUGAAUGGUCUCAGGAUGCUUUACUGUUGGCAUGACACAGGACUGAUGGUAGCGCUCACCUUGUCUUCUCCGGACAAGCUUGUUUCCGGAUGCCCCAAACAAUCGGAAAGGGGAUUCAUCAGAGAAAAUGACUUUACCCCAGUCCUCAGCAGUCCAAUCCCUGUACCUUUUGCAGAAUAUCAGUCUGUCCCCAAUGAUUUUCCUGGAGAGAAGUGGCUUCUUUGCUGCCCUUCUUGACACCAGGCCAUCCUCCAAAAGUCUUCGCCUCACUGUGCGUGCAGAUGCACUCACACCUGUCUGCUGCCAUUCCUGAGCAAGCUCUGCACUGGUGGUGCCCCGAUCCCGCAGCUGAAUCAACUUUAGGAGACGGUCCUGGCACUUGCUGGACUUUCUUGGGCGCCCUGAAGCCUUCUUCACAACAAUUGAACCUCUCUCCUUGAAGUUCUUGAUGAUCUGAUAAAUGGUUGAUUUAGGUGCAAUCUUACUAGCAGCAAUAUCCUUGCCUGUGAAGCCCUUUUUGUGCAAAGAAAUGAUGACGGCACGUGUUUCCUUGCAGGUAACCAUGGUUAACAGAGGAAGAACAAUGAUUUCAAACACCACCCUCCUUUUAAAGCUUCCAGUCUGUUAUUCUAACUCAAUCAGCAUGACAGAGUGAUCUCCAGCCAUGUCCUCAUCAACACUCUCACCUGUGUUAACGAGAGAAUCACUGACAUGAUGUCAGCUGGUCCUUUUGUAGCAGGGCUGAAAUGCAGUGGAAAUGUUUUUUGGGGAUUAAGUUCAUUUUCAUGGCAAAGAGGGACUUUGCAAUUAAUUGCAAUUCAUCUGAUCACUCUUCAUAACAUUCUGGAGUAUAUGCAAAUUGCCAUCAUAAAAACUGAGGCAGCAGACUUUGUGAAAAUUUAUAUUUGUGUCAUUCUCAAAACUUUUGACCACGACUGUAUGCUGGGGCUUAAAGAAGUGUCAAUAGGUUGGUGCAAGGGGUUAAUUUCAGAUUAGGCAACAGUUUGCUCUGACAUCUUACACACACACACACUCACCAUGCAGCCCUUUGAGGAUUCAGCAUGAGUUUGUUUCCAGGCUAUCCAUCACUAUUUUAUUUAGUCCAGUUGAGUUACUACUUCUAAGGAUUGUGGUUUUGUUUGAUAUGCAGAAUUGUAAUAAUAAUAAUAAUAUGCCAUUUAGCAGACGCUUUUAUCCAAAGCGACUUACAGUCAUGCGUGCAUACAUUUUUGUUUACAUUGUCAUAGUCUGUACUUGUUGUCCUUUCAUAUAUUUAAUUCUCUUUUCAAACAGGCUGCCCUCAAUUUCUCUAAAUUUGUUGAACCUUUGGAGCAAGGCAAAGGUAAUAUAUUCAUAUUUCUAGAACAGUAACUACAUCAAUAUUUCAAUUACUUUGCUGUCUUCUCUCCCUUAGUCUCUCUCUCUCUCUGUACUUUCAUUUGAUGAGGGAUUCCUUUCAUGUUAUCCUCUCUUUAGCUUGUGUCUCAGAUGAUCAAUGUUCUAAUUCCACUCUUCAAUUCCUCUGCCUUCAGUGAAAGAGGGUGACACUCACAAGCUGUGGAGGAACAUCGAGCCUCACCUGAAGAAGGCCAUGCAGACGGUGUACCUGCGAGAGGUGUCCAGGUCUGUCUGUGUACAUCUGCCUCAACCAGAGAUGAUCGAGUCCCAUUGAUUUAGCUUCUGUGACCGACCUCAUUCUCUCAUGGACUUUGACGACAGACAGCCUUAAUGACGUUUGCCUGUCUUUACUACACAACUACACAACACUGGCUCAGUGCUGCUGGCUCUGUAACAGUGUCCCCUGACUUUGUCACGUCUCUGUUCUGCUCAGUGUGCAGUGGGAGCAACAGCUGCAGAUGGAGGAGGAGGAGGCAGGGGCCGUGAGAGGUAGGCAAGGAGACGCGUGGACACAUGCACACAGAUACACACAGAUACAAAGACACACAGAUGCAUAUGCACUGGGAACAAGACCGGUGGAAAUAACCUAGUUAGAAUCUAGUGACCAGGACCACUUCACACACGCCCAGACCCCAGCUAUCGCCGGCUUUGUGUUGCUGCUUGUCCCCAGCCUGAGAGGGAGUUCAGGGGAGUGGACCCUCUAAACUGAAUGGACUCAUGGGCGGCGCACAAUUGGCCCAGCGUCGUCCAGGGUAGGGGAGGGAAUGGCCGGCAGGGAUGUAGCUCAGUUGAUAGAGCAUGGCGUUUGCAACGCCAGGGUUGUGGGUUUGAUUCCCACGAGGGGCCAGUAUAAAAAAAUAAAAUAUGUAUUCACUAACUGUAAGUCGCUCUGGAUAAGAGUGUCUGCUAAAUGACUAAAAAUGUAAAUGUACUCCAGGCUCAUUGGUACUAGAUACCAGUGGAAACAACAGCAGAUGUUUCUCUCUUCUCCUAUCCACAUGCCAUCUGUAGAUGAUGCUGUUGUACAUAUUUCUCACGGUAAUGACAUUGAGAGCUUCCUCUGCCUUUCUCAGGUCUGUCUGCUCAUGCCCAUGUGGAGCUGCCUUACUACUCCAAGUUCCUGCUGAUAGCUGCAUACCUGGCCUCCUACAACCCUGCUCGCACUGACAAACGCUUCUUCCUCAAGGUACCUGUUCUCUCCAUUCAGCACCUGAACCUCAUUCACCAUUUCAAAAGCUAGACACAUGAUUGUCAAGUCAUCAUUGAAAUAGGAGGGAGUUGUUAAACAUCAAUGCCACCUGCUAUUCAGCAACUCUAUUAGCCUGCUACUUUGGCUACUCAUAUUUCUAGUGAUUUUUUAAAGGAUUUUGGGGGGAGGGGGCAGAUCAGCUUUAAUAUUGCAGAUGGAUUGUAGGUUAUAUUAAUGUAAUUGUUUGCAUUCUUUUUAAUUCCCGCUCUCUCUUGCCCCAACAGCACCAUGGCAAAAUAAAAAAGACCAACUUUUUGAAGAAACAUGAAAAGGUGAUUCUCUUUAGCUAAAGCUGCAGUACUAUUAUUUAGGUUUAGUCAAUGAGAUGUUCUACCUUGUGAAUCCACCUCCCUCCCUCCCUCCCUCCCCUUCAGACCAGUAAUCACCUGCUGGGGCCCAAGCCGUUCCCCCUGGACCGUCUCCUGGCCAUCUUCUACAGUGUGGUGGACAGCAGAGUGGCCCCCACCGCCAGUGUUUUCUGUCAGGUCAGCUGAAACACUCAGGCUUUCUGCAGGGUCAUCCAAGGGAUCAUUUAGAAUGUUUUAUUUAACUUUUAUUUUGACAGGGAGUCAUGCUGAGAACAAGGUCUCUUACAGAUGAAGCCUUUAUCAAACAUACACAUCAAUACACGAAAAGUACAACGCAAUCAUAUAUACUGAACAAAAAUAUAAAUGCAACAUUCAAAGAUUUAGUUGAGUUACAGAUCAUAUAAGGAAAUCAAUCAAUGUAAAUAUAUUCAUUAGGCCCUAAUCUAUGGAUCUCACAUGACUAGGAAGGGGCGCAGCCACGGGGGAGCUGGAAAAAUGUAUGGAACAUUUCUGGGAUCCUUUAUUUCAGCUCAUGAAACAUGGGACCAACACUUUACAUGUUGUGUUUAUAUUUUUGUUCAGUAUAAAACAAACACAUUCUUCAGUAAAAAAGGUCCUCAAUCAGCUCUGACUCUGAACUGGGAUCAUGGAAAAUGAUGUAGCGAAGUUAUUUAUGGAACUCCUAGAACAGUCAUGUGGUGAUGGCAGAAUUAGUGUAUGAUUGGAUAAUACUGGAUUAUGGUUCUAAUUUACCAGAUGUCCCCUUGGCUAGAUUAUUUCAACCCCUGAACUGCUCUUGAAUUUAUGUAGUGGUACGGGGGCAAUGUGAUUUUAAAAUGAUUUGAUCUCCAGUCUGAAUUCUCUAUUUGUGUAAAGCCAAAUGAAACAUGGUUGAUGACAAGCCCUCAUCACCCCCCCUUAGAUCUCCUCUCUGGUGACCCUUCAGCUGUUGAAUCAGGUGGGCCACGAUGACCAGCUGGAUGCGCCCAAGUACAAAUGUGCCGUCUCUCUGGACUUCGUCCUCGCCAUCUCCAGGUGUCUAUGUUACUGUUGUCUAUAGUGCAGGGCUCUCCAACCCUGUUCCUGGAGAGCGACCCUCCUGUAGGUGUUCGCUCCAACCCCAGUUGAACCUCUUUCAGUUCAUCAACCAGCUAAUUAUUCGAAUUUGGUGUGCUAGAUUAGGGUUGGAGUGAACCUACAGGAGGGUAGCUCUCCAGGAACAGGGUCGGAGAGCCCUGCUUUGGUGUGUUCACCACAGAUCUGUUUUACUGCUAGACAUUUCUAUUUUGGAAUAUCAGAUUGGGUCUUUUUGCUAACUGUUGUUACCCCCAUUCUCUGAUUUUCAAGGACUGUGAGUUUUGACAUGGUAAAGUACCUGUAUGACUUCCUGUGAGCAUGGUGGUAUAAGGGAGAGGAAUUCAGCUGGACUCUGUACUGGUGGACAUUGGACAAACAUGAGCAGAAAGGUGGGAGAUGCCUCGGUUGUUAGGACGUCCUCACUGUGUGACUGCAGGACCAGAGGACUAUGGAAUCAUUAGGCCUAUGCUUUACUGCUCCCUGGUGGCUGACUGGAACCACUGUCAGACACCAGCAUCUGCAGCAUUGUGAAUGUGCCUAUUGAUUCCCUACCUACACCUGUUGGAUUGUGGUGUACAAACAAUAGAGAACAUUCAUACUUUACUGGAUUGACAGGAGCCUUCAAUAUUAUUUUUCAAUAAUUCAAAAUAAAAUGUACCUGUUAACAAAGGUUUCAUAAUUGUGACAGGAUUGUGUUCUCUCCAUAGGCUGACAUCUACAGCAACGCACAAUAUGAACCUGGUAGAAUUAAGGACUCAUCGAAGACUUCUUUUAAGGUACAACAUGUAGGGUAUAUAUAAUAUGUCUAGCCUUUCUUCUCUUUGAUUCUAGAUGUUGCGUUCCCAUGAAGUCAAAUUGUCCCAUUAAUUGCUCUGUUGGUGUAAAUGGCUGUGCUGAUAGUAUGAAAUAAGAUUGUCACAAUAAUUGUGUAACUGACAAUUAUGGACAAUAACUGUGA